AGACCUGCGCAAGAUAAAAGCUCCACUCAGCACAUACCAAUCCCUUUGCUUCCGUGUGCGACUGGGACCAGCGCUCUCUCCAACUCGCCCACAUCCGCAAGAAGACGAACAUAACACACAGAGGACAGGAUGAGAGAAAUCGUUCACCUUCAAGCCGGCCAGUGUGGCAACCAGAUCGGAGCCAAGUUCUGGGAGGUGAUCAGUGAUGAACACGGCAUCAGCCCUACAGGGAACUAUGAGGGCGACUCCCCACUGCAGCUGGAGAGGAUCAGUGUCUACUACAAUGAGGCCUCAUCCUCUAAGUAUGUCCCCAGAGCUAUCCUAGUAGACCUGGAGCCAGGAACUAUGGACAGUGUUCGCUCUGGGACCUACGGACAACUCUUCAGACCAGACAACUUCAUCUUCGGUCAGAGUGGAGCUGGUAACAACUGGGCUAAGGGCCACUACACAGAGGGGGCAGAGCUGGUGGACUCAGUACUGGACGUAGUCAGGAAGGAAUGUGAGAACUGUGACUGUCUCCAGGGCUUCCAGCUCACCCACUCCCUGGGAGGGGGCACAGGCUCCGGCAUGGGGACCCUGCUCAUCAGCAAGAUCAGGGAAGAGUACCCUGACCGCAUCAUGAACACCUUCAGCGUGGUGCCCUCCCCUAAAGUAUCAGACACAGUGGUGGAGCCCUACAACGCCACCCUGUCCAUCCAUCAGCUGCUGGAGAACACAGACGAAACCUACUGCAUUGACAACGAGGCUCUUUACGACAUCUGCUUCCGCACGCUCAAGCUCCCCACACCCACCUACGGAGACCUCAACCACUUGGUGUCGGCCACCAUGAGCGGUGUUACUACCUCCUUCCGCUUCCCCGGCCAGCUCAAUGCUGACCUCCGCAAACUGGCUGUCAACAUGGUGCCCUUCCCCCGCCUGCACUUCUUCAUGCCUGGCUUCGCCCCCCUCACGGCGCGUGGCAGUGCGUGCUACAACGCACUGUCCGUGCCCGAGCUCACCCAGCAGUUGUUUGACGCCAAGAACAUGAUGGCCGCUUGCGACCCGCGUCACGGACGCUACCUGACCGUGGCCAUGGUGUUCCGUGGUCAGAUGUCCAUGAAGGAGGUGGACGAACAGAUGUUGGCCAUCCAGAGUAAGAACAGCAGCUACUUCGUCGAAUGGAUCCCCAACAACGUCAAAGUGGCCGUCUGUAACAUCCCGCCCCGCGGUCUCAAGAUGUCCGCCACUUUCAUUGGGAACAACACGGCCAUCCAGGAGCUGUUCAAGCGCAUCUCCGAGCAGUUCACCGCCAUGUUCCGCCGCAAGGCCUUCCUGCACUGGUACACCGGAGAGGGCAUGGACGAAAUGGAGUUCACUGAGGCAGAGAGCAACAUGAACGACCUGGUGUCAGAGUACCAGCAGUACCAGGACGCCACCACUGAGGAGGAGGGAGAGAUGUAUGAAGACGAUGAGGAAGAGUCGGAGAGCCAGGCCCGGUGAACACCUUGGAAGAAGAGCCCAGCCGACAGAGCUUUGUCUUUUUAGCAGGCUGAAGCAGGGUUAUCUCCCUCAUGUACACUGUACUGUAUAACCCUCCCUUCCUAUAUCCCCCUCCCUGCUCUCACUGUGUCUUUGCUAACUGUUAGCCCCACUUCCCUUAGCCCUCUGACCAAGUCAAGGCCUCCUGUUGAUAAAAACCUCCAGACAGACCACUAAGUUGAAUGGGUGAAAUAAAAAGAAAGUGUCUCAUAAACUGAUGACGAGUAGCCCUUAAUUUCUUAUAAUAAACAUGUUCAAGCCUA